ACGCACCUGUCAGAAGUUACUUCCCUUUACAAGAUUGCACAUGGUGGUGGUGUUCGUGCACAUUUAGAAGUCACUAUGGGAAAAGCAAAAUCAAACAAGAAGUAUGCAGUUAUGAAGCGUAUGAUCAGCUUGAAAGAUGGAAGAAUCAAGAAAGGUGACAGGCUGAAGAAGAAGAAGAAACCCAAGCCAAAGGGACCAUCACAAAAUAUGUCCAUCAGAGAACUUCCACAGACAUCAUCAGCUAUGUUUUUCCAGUACAACACACAACUUGGACCACCAUAUCAUGUUCUUGUUGAUACUAACUUUAUCAACUUUUCUAUCCAAAACAAACUGGACGUUAUCCCAUCAAUGAUGAACUGUCUAUAUGCGAAAUGCAUUCCCUACAUAACAGAUUGUGUGAUGGCAGAAUUUGAAAAACUUGGCCGUAAAUACAGAGUUGCUCUGAGAAUUGCAAAGGACCCACGCUUUCAGCGUUUGCCUUGUUUGCACAAAGGAACAUACGCUGACGACUGUCUGGUGCAACGUGUGACGCAACACAAAUGUUACAUUGUAGCUACGUGUGAUCAGGCCCUGAAGCGAAGGAUACGGAAGAUACCUGGCGUUCCUAUCAUGUUCCUAUCCCAACAUCAAUACACCAUUGAGAGAAUGCCUGAUGCCUAUGGUGCCCCCAAACUGUAAACUGAACUUUCCUGCAAUGUGACCCUGCAGCUGUUUGAUAAUAAUACUUGUGUGUCAAGUGGAUAUGAUUGGCCAGGUAUCAGAAAUAUAUCACAUGUUACUGGGUAUUGGCAAACUUCAAUGUCAUAGGGAUUUCUGUUGGGAAUAGGUCCCUAGCAACCUAUGCUGGUUGUAAGAGGCGACUUAUUGGAGCAGCUGAUCAGACUUGGUUGAUGGCGUGUCCACAUACCAUGACGAUGUGGAUCGUUGCUCAUAAUAUCAAUCACUGGAUUGUUUGGUCAAGACUUGAUAAUUUAUAGCUAGAAUAUUGGAAAGUGCUGCGUUAAACACAACAACACAUGCACACACAUAAUGUACUGUAUACCUUGAAUGCAGGUGUUAAAAAAUCUGCCUAUGCUACGAUAUUUAACGUUGGGUCUAUUGACUUGGAAUAAUGUCCCUUUGUACAUAGAUGCCAACCCGAUAUUGACAGUUAAGAGUAACUGAUAGUUUUCUUUGGCUAUGCAAUAUACAUUUACUCCAUGAGGUUCAGUCUGUUGGGGAUUUGUAAACCUGUGGAAGAAGUACAAAAUUAUUUUGGUUAUGGUAACUUAUUUUUCAAAUGUUGUACAAAUACGCUUUUUUCUGGAGUUCUGAUUAUUCCAGUCAACAGUUGAGUAGGCUAAAUUGUGUGUAAAAUUUGUAAAGUAAUGUUGAAACCCUUCGUUGCACAUCAAUGUGUACCACAAUUAUAUCAGAACAUUGACUCCUUGUAUGUUGAAUCUUUGAUAAUGUAUACUUCUUGGUUGACUCUGAAUAUAUUUAAUGCAUUGAUCAAA